GAAGGCCAUUAUUGUAAUUCAAGACAUUUAUGGAUGGCAGCUUCCAAACACCAGAUACAUGGCUGAUAUGCUCUCAGCCAAUGGAUACAUUGCUAUAUGUCCAGAUUUCUUUGUUGGAAAAGAGCUGUGGAGCCCAUCUCAUGACUGGUCAACAUUUCAGCAGUGGCUUGAGGACAAAAAGCCUACAGACAUCAAAAAGGAAGUGGAUGUUGUAUUGACGUAUCUGAAGGAGCAGUGUGGCGUGAAGCAUAUAGGUGUUGUGGGCUUUUGCUGGGGUGGUGUUGCAACACACUACAUUGCUCUUCAGUAUCAGGAAAUCAAAGCUGGGGUCUCUGUCUAUGGUAUUGUUAGAGAGCGGGAAGACAGGUUUGAUCUCAAGAGUCCAACCCUCUUUAUCUUUGCAGAAAACGAUGCAGUCAUUCCACUUGAUCAGGUGACUACACUAGAGACAAGACUGAAGGAAAAGUGCACUGCUGACUUCCAAGUGAAGAUCUUCCCAAAUCAGACACAUGGGUUUGUCCAUCGCAAAAGAGAAGACAUUAAUCCAGAUGAUAAACCCUAUAUAGAGGAGGACAGGGCAGAUAUGAUCAGCUGGUUGAUUAAGUACACGUAAACUGCAGUGGGUUAAAAUAACGGAGUUAAAAGUCAAAGUCUGAUGAUAAAAAUCAAUGUGAUUAACUUCAAAUCCAUUUGAAAACU